CGGCGGCGGGCAGGGAGCUGCGGCCAGAGCCGUCGCGGCGCGUCCGGGCUGGGCUGGGCAAGGGCGGCCGUGCGCUAUGCAGCCGCUGCCGCUCACCGCUCGCCGGGGGCCGCGGGACUAGCGACGGGCGAGUCGGGGCCAGGAGGGAGCCGGGGAAGGACGACGGCCGCCCCGUCGGGGACGGUGGCCCUGCAGGCGCGCAGCCCCGGUUGGGGGCCCCCCAGAGAGGCGACGGCCACCGGCCGGGGACGGGGCGCGAUGCUGGUGCUGGAGCUGCUGGGCUUGGCGUGGCUGGUCGCGGUGGCGCGGGCCCAGAAUGAGACGGAGCCCAUCAUCCUGGAGGGCAAGUGCCUGGUGGUCUGCGACUCCAACCCGGCCUCCGACCCCACCGGCACGGCGCUGGGCAUCUCGGUGCGCUCCGGCAGCGCCAAGGUGGCCUUCUCGGCCAUCCGCAGCACCAACCACGAGCCGUCGGAGAUGAGCAACCGCACCAUGAUCAUCUAUUUCGACCAGGUACUAGUGAAUAUCGGACUCAACUUUGAUUCGGAACGGAGCACUUUCAUAGCACCCCGGAAAGGGAUUUACAGCUUUAAUUUCCACGUGGUGAAGGUGUAUAACAGGCAGACGAUUCAGGUAAGCCUGAUGCUCAACGGGUGGCCGGUGAUUUCGGCUUUUGCCGGGGACCAGGACGUCACCCGAGAAGCUGCCAGCAACGGGGUCCUGAUCCAAAUGGAGAAAGGAGACAGGGCCUAUUUAAAACUGGAGCGAGGAAACUUGAUGGGGGGUUGGAAGUACUCCACUUUCUCUGGAUUUCUAGUAUUCCCUCUUUAAAUAACUUCUCGCUCCCCUCCCUCCGCUGGAGGAAGUGGGGAAGAAAGCAGGCAGUCCUCGCCUUGCGGCUGGGUGAAAGGAAACUUGGACGUGGACUUCUGGAUAAAUACCUAUCUACACACUGCAGAAGUUAAACCCUGUUUAGGUCUGUGUACAUCGUACUCUGAAGAUAUUUCCGUAAUGGUGCAGCCAACAACCAGAAGACAGUUGGAUUUCAUCUCCCUCUAAUAUUCUCUCUCUUUCUGUCUCCUUUGCAAACUGAAAAUAGUUCAAGUCUGUAUUUAUUGACUUCCAUUUUCACCCCACACCGAGCAGUUUUUUGCUUUACAAACUCCUGUAUUUUUUUUACUUCACAACCAGUUUGCUUUUUCGAAACCUUAUAGCUAUAUUUUUACUCUGUCCCUAAGUUUUACUGUAAAAAGCAGGGUUUUUUUUUCAAUUCCUGGGUGCCAUGGCAAGAGACGCAGCGCUAAGAUCAGCAGGAAGAAGGAUCAACACGAACUGUUCUAGCCAAGUCUGAUUUUCAAUAUUUCUGUGUAAUUCUGAGUGAUUGUGGAAUUUACAGGCUGCUUCAUGUUUUGAUGCUCGUUUUUUUCUCGCUCUUGUAAAUUGUGGCCCAACUACAUGCCAGAAAGUAUAUUGAACUUUUACUAAUUAACCUGUAAGAUAAGGUGUGAUUAUUGACCAAUUAAUUUUUGCCAGUUUGGGGGGCUUUUGUUGAACAGCAUUUGAAUAGGAUUCUAAUUGGUUUCUUUUCCUGGGACAGAAAAGAAGUUUUCUCUGGGCAGUUUGAUCAGACUUAGAGAAAAAAAUAUAGCAAAAAAAAAUGGAGAAAAAUAUGCAAUCGCAACUAUCUGUUCUGAAUGAAAAAUGAAAGAGGGCAGAGAACCCCAAAAAAAGUUAGACUUGAGUGCAAAACUUCUAGCAAUGUCAGAGUUUUACCUUUUUUUAAAUGGGGAGGGGCUAACUUGUCUGUUCGGAUGUUUGCUCCUGAUUUAUGAAGCCUGCUCUGUUGAAUAAGUUACCUCCUCCCCGGCAAUUGCGGAGAAAAAAUUCAGCAAAAUUGUCUGUUGCGUCUUUUUCCUCCCAUUGCUCAUGUAAUAUUCUUUCAAUUGAAUCAUAUUUUAUACAGCUGUCUCAUAGAUAAAGGGAGGGGGGACCCCUUUUAAGGUAUACUGAAAUGCAAGCAUUAUUUGUUAGUAUUAUUUUGUUUACAGUCCUUCAAAGAUGUCAAUGCUAUAAUUUUUUUUUUCAGCGCUCGGAAGAGAAUAACUACUUUUAUUAUCAAGGUACAGUUUAAACAAAAUUAACUUUCGAUUGUAAUCAAAACAUAAUGUGAAAUAAAGCCAGUGGAACAAA